GAAUUCAAACAGAAGACUCUACCGUCGGCUAAGUACUUUGACGACCAGCGUCUGCUGCACUUAAUACCUGGCGAAAAAGACGACCAAACGAUAUACGAGAGAGCGAAAGAUCUAGUGCAAAAAGCAAUGAGCACGGGUGUUCCAGUUCUUAACAGCAAUCCUCCCAGCCAGUCUCAGCCUCGCAACGCUCCCUCGCAGGAAGAAGACAGGAUGAAACCACUUGACAAUGGUAGUGAUCCACUAGAAAAUGAGGCAACAGCUGUAUCGCAAAAUGGGAGCGUACAAAAUUUAACACCUGAGCAAAAAGCGACACCACCGCAAGAAACAACACCACCGCAAGAAGAAACAACUCCGCAAAAAGCAACACCACCGCAAAAAGCAACACCACCGCAAAAAGCAACGCCACCGCAAAGAGUCGUUGACGUGCAGCCGGAAAGCAGUGAGAUUACAGGUUAA